UUCAAGGCCGCUGUUCAGAAGAUGCUUCACGCCAUAAGGAGCGGCUCAUAUUUUCGGUUCACUAUCGGCCUCUCAUGAACCAAAAGGAUGGUCAACGUUUACCGAGUUGCUUGUAUAAAUAAAACCCACAUUCACAGAUACACUUCACAGCCAUGGAGUCUCGAAGCCCCCAAGUCCCACUUCGCCGAACCGCUGAACACUUGACUGAAACCCCUCCCAGCAACCCUUCACCGACCAACAUAGUUGAUAAAGUGAAAAGAAACUUAGUUUUCCAAUCCAAAUGGGCAGAAUUGAAUGGUGCCAUGGGAGACUUGGGCACAUAUAUUCCUAUUGUGUUGGCCUUGACACUUGCCAAGGACCUUAACUUGGGCACCACGUUAAUAUUCACUGGUGUCUACAACGUUGUCACCGGCGCCAUUUAUGGUGUUCCGAUGCCUGUCCAACCGAUGAAGGCGAUUGCAGCGGUAGCUAUAUCAAAUGGUUCCGAUUUUAAUAUCCCGGAAAUCAUGGCAGCUGGAAUCUGUGCUGGUGCGAUUUUGUUGGUUUUGGGUGCUACAGGGUUGAUGCAGCUAGUGUACAAACUUAUACCUCUCUCUGUUGUUAGGGGAAUUCAGCUGUCACAAGGGUUGUCAUUUGCUAUGACUGCUGUUAAGUACAUUAGAAACGUUCAGGAUUUUUCCAAGUCAAAAUCUAAAGGGGAUAGGCAUUGGCUGGGAUUGGAUGGAUUGGUUUUGGCAAUUGUUUGUGCUUGUUUCAUAAUUGUUGUUAACGGUGCAGGUGAAGAAAGAAAUGAAGGAGAGGCUAAUGUUGCUGAAGAAAGGAACACGAGAAGAAAAAAAAUCAGGAAAGUAAUGGCUACUAUUCCUUCAGCUUUUAUCAUAUUCUUGUUAGGUGUAGUUUUGGCAUUCAUAAGAGGGCCUAAAGUUGUGAAUGACAUUAAAUUUGGACCGUCUUCUAUAGAGGUUGUGAAAAUAACUAGUCAUUCAUGGAAGGAAGGAUUCAUCAAGGGUACAAUUCCUCAACUGCCUUUAUCAGUACUAAACUCAGUGAUUGCGGUCUGCAAAUUGUCAUCAGAUCUUUUUCCAGGAAGGGAAUUCUCGGCUACCUCAGUUUCAGUAACUGUCGGGCUAAUGAACUUGGUGGGGUGCUGGUUUGGUGCCAUGCCAUGCUGCCAUGGUGCAGGUGGGCUAGCUGGGCAGUACAAGUUUGGAGGCAGGAGUGGUGGGUGUGUAGCCAUUCUUGGGGCAGCCAAGUUGGUCUUGGGUUUGAUAUUGGGAACUUCUUUGGUGACGAUUUUGCACCAGUUUCCCGUUGGUCUUUUGGGUGUUUUGCUGUUGUUUGCAGGGAUUGAACUAGCAAUGACUUGCAGGGACAUGAAUUCAAAGGAAGAAUCGUUUGUGAUGCUAAUAUGCACAGCUGUUUCCCUUGUGGGCUCAAGUGCAGCACUUGGCUUUGUGUGUGGAAUGCUAGUGCAUGUGCUUCUUAAGUUACGCAACCUGAGCAGAGAUCAGCCCUGUUCUACGGUGUGCAUGCCUGGUACUCCAUAAUAAUACCAUGUUGUAAAGUUAAGCUGUGUGUAAACAAUGCUUGAAAGAACUCUAGAAGCGUAUUUUGUUUCAUUGAAUUUCCUUAUUAGCUAUUUAAUAAGCUUUUCUUCUAUCCUUCUCCUUGUUGGCUUUCAAAAUCCAAACCCUGAAUGAGGGCAAGAAGAGAAUGAAAGUCAAAACCAAUGCACAGCAUAUUCUCCA